AUGAAAACGACCACCAGAAUCUUGCUGUUUUUCAAGUUUUUCCUAGAACGAUGGGGUAAUUAAAAGCAGAUCAAAUCAUGGAGGAAACUAUAUUCUCAGGCCUCACGGAAACCGCGGCGACCUUGACCAGAGAAGCUCAACUGGAAGACACAUGUUUUAGGUUUUAUCCUUUCUUCGAGUACUGCAAUUUGCUGCAACAUCUGAAGGUGCAGUUUCGAAUUGCUGAUUUGGUUCUGAUAUUUAUAAAUUCAGGAAAACGUUCGGAGAAAGUUCGAGAACUUGGAAACAAGCGAGUCCGAAUCGGAUUCGGACUCAGAGCCCAUCGAGUCAUCUGAAGGAGAAUACAGCGACGUCGAAAGGAAUGCUUCGGGUGUGAGUAUUAAAUUUUUGAAAAGCAAAAAAAAUUUGAGACUGCUUGUGAAACUUCUUGGAAGGAUUUUCAUUUCCUGAAUUGAAGGUUUGAUUCUAAAAUAAAAAUAAGAUUUGGUCGUUGAAUUUGGCGAGUAUGACACAGUGGAAAUAUUCAGAAACUUCCGAAAUCUCUGCCAACAUGUCAAAAAGAAGCGAAUCCUGAAGCUCCCACAGACGAAAAAACUGGGGCGAUUGGAGACGAAGUUGGAGACGAAGUUGGAGACGAAGUUGGAGACGAAGUUGAAGAAUCUGUGAGCCUUGCUGAAGAAUCGUGAGUUCAUUAUGGUAUUGCAGAUACGGUUUUCGUUUAAAAACUCUGGGUCAAAAAGUACGUAGGGUUUUUUUUUUUGAAAAGACGCAGCGUUUAAGGUAUCAAGCACCUUUUUUUUAUCAGUUUCCUCCGUAUUGAGUUUCAGGAAGACCGUUGUUGAACUCCUCGGCUUGGCCACUCCAUUCACCCACGAUGAUGCCGACGUGGACUCGGAAGCUAAAAGCAAUGGGCCAUUCAGUCGCUUUUGA